AUGCUCAUGCCACCCAUCCUGACGCCGGUGGAAAUUGGUCCCAAAUGGGCAUCUACUCGGGCAUUCUUUGCCACUUUGGCUGCAGAGUCACCCAUCGUCAAGAGUGCCAUCAUGGCUUUCGCCGCGAUGCAGAUGCAGCGCAGUGGGCUGGGCAACGACAUGGCCAAGGCAGACUGGAGGCCUUUUGUCAGCAAGACCACCUUCUCGGCACCGGAACGUCGACUCAUCUCAUGGAUGCGCCUACUUGACGCGCGCGCUGUGUCAACAGCAGGUGGAGAAGGUCUCUUCUUGGCUGACACAGACGAGACCAUUUUUGAUGCGUCGCCUGCGGCCAAUCCCGGGUCAGAUCCGGACACGUCGGACACCGAAAUCGAGGAAAUUCUGUUUGACGUGUUAUAUCAUCCCGGUAUCAUGUUCUAUCAGAAGGUGCAGUCCUUCGCCGGUCGCAUCACACGCAUUGACCCGUGGCGUCGUACACGCGGCACGGUUCAGGAUGAGACUGAAGUGAUGGCCAUCGCAGCGCAAAUCUCCAAGGAUCUACAUGCACUUUACGGCCAGCGACCAGCAUUGAUGGAUCAUGCGGUUGCUGGAAACCUCACCGAAAAACACAUAGCCAAAAACUUAGCAGGCGCACUCACACGGAGUUUCCGGACCUAUCUCGCAAACUACUACGCAUCGUUCAUACACUUACAUCGCGUUGCAUACGUGCAGUACCCAAAAACCAAGGAUGUUAUUAAUGCCAUAAUGAAUAUAAAGCGUCUGACACAUCUGAUGGCGCAGGCAGACGAGUCGCUGCCGGUCAAUGUCUUGUGGCCACUGAUGAUGUGGGGGUGCGAAGAAGACGACUUGGAGGAACGAAGAUGGAUCAUUGAAGCCAUCCGCAGUCUCGAGAGCAUCGCUACCAACGCAAAAGCUACCGCAGACCUGUUGGAAGAAGUGCAAAGACGGCAGGAUGAAGGCAAGCGAAGAGUCGACAGAAGCGGAUGCAAAGCUUGUCGUGAGCGUCACAUCAAAUGCGUGAAGCUGCGUGACUCGGAAAAAUGCAAAUACUGCACCGAGCGCAAAAAGCCAUGCAUUCGCGGCAAUGCUUUUCGCUUCCGACCUGUUACGGCGGUCAAGUUCAACGCCGGCGAAGACAUAGGAUCCGCUGAACAGUCCCUCGAGUUCCAGGUGGGACAGCAGUGGGUUGAUAUUCCAAGCUCAUUGCACUUUGUUGAGCCGAACAAGGACAGUGGUGACGAAGAAGAGUACGAAGCUGGGCCGGAAAGCGAAGCGAAUCCCGAAAGCACGCCCAACACUCUCAACGUUGCAUCAAAAGCCCGGCGGCAAAACUCAAAUUUGAACAGAGUGUCUAGCGAAAGCCAACUGGCGACGACGUACGGUGACCUUACCACGUUCGUGGACCUUCCAACUUCGGAGUUCAACGACACUAGCGAGUUACCUUCCAUCCACGAAGUCCUCAACACUCAGGUCCCACCGUCUCUAAUUGGUGUCACGAGCGGUACCAGUAACAGUGCGCCGCACAGCAUUCGCGCCGUGUCUUCGAUAAGUCAAAUAGUAAACACAAACUGGCAGGCAAGCCCCGGAUCACUUCAACGUCUGUCACAGUCCCCGAGUCUAUCGAAGAAGAGUCCUUUCGGAUCGAUCAACAAUAAUCACUCUCCUUAUAACUCCACAGCAUUCAGUCCUUCCUCAGCGCCAACACUCAGGUGGCCCGUGAACAACGCACACGAAGCCCGUCUCCUCCAUCAUUACCUCUUCUUUUGCACCUCGUGGAUCGAUGUGUGUGACUCACGGCGGCACUUUGCUACUGAGGUACCAAAACGCGCAGCCCACUUCCCCGUCAUUCUCAAUGGCAUACUGGGUGUUGCUGCAAGACACUCCUGGCUGAUGGGCAAGGCCGUAGAAGACGUGUCGCAACCUUAUGUAGAUCAGUGCUUACAGGCGCUAAUCGUAGCACUUGAGGACCCGCUGGCACAUUGGGAUGAGAACUUCCUCAUAGCCGUUAUCCUGCUUCGGCUUCACGAAGAGAUGGGCGAUGCCGACGAACACUGCCACCACCUCGGUACCGCUCGUAUACUAAACAGUAUCUCCUCCUUCGCCGCAGACGGUGGCCUCCGCGAAUCAGCAUCCUGGGUCUCUCUCCGCCAACACAUCUACGUCUCUCUCACGACCCAAAAGCCACUCAACCUAAGCCUUGACAACUACCGCCACUCCGCUGUCUUCAGCGAAUUCGACGACGAAAGCUGGGCGAAUCGCAUCAUAUUCCUGUUCGCCGUCGUCCUGCAAACUGUCUUCGGAGGCACAAACAAUGGCAGCGAAAACAUCAGCCGCGAAACAUGGAAAGAAUUGAACGAUGAAGUCGAGGAAUGGGAGCGCACGAAGCCUUGGACGUUCUCGGCUUUCCACGUCGAACCCGAUGCGGGUGACAAGUUUGAGGCAAGCUGGCCUGAACUGCUCUGUCCGCAGGGGAUCGUGGCAGUCGGGCUGCAGUAUUACCACCUUUGCAAGAUACUGCUCACGAUAUACUCGCCUAAUGCGUCAUUAGUCGGGUUGGCAGGUGUUCGGGCUAGGAAAUCUACCGACGCGGCUGUUCGCAAGCACAUGAGGAUAACGAUAGGGUAUGGCGUUAGUAACAGUCAUUGUGGUAAUGCUAUGUUCCAGGGUAGUCACAUUCUGAGUGCAUGUGGAGCUUAUAUCAUCGAUCCGCGGGAGCAGCAGGCUUGUGUGGAGUAUCUGGAACAGCUGCAGAGACUGAUAGGGUGGAGGACGGAUGGCGUCUUGAGGGAUCUUAGAGAGCAAUGGGCGUUUUGA